CGUCGUUGGAUUUAAACAAUUUAUUAAUGAACAGAAUAGAGGAAUUUCGUAAUUUUUGCUUGAAUAAUAAGCCUACAAAACUUAGCGAUAGUAAAUCUAGAGAAGCUCCACAUUCAGAACAACCAACUGAAAUCAAUAGAGAAGCUAAAUACCUUUUAUCUACGCUUAACGAUCUAAACAAACUUAUAAAAUCAAUUCCUGCUCAAUAUGCGCAAAAUAACGCGAGCUUAGACGUCAUCGAUGAGGAGGUUACUUCUCUCCUUGCUGUGACAAGCAAACGAUUGAAAGAACUGGACGAUAAGAUAGAGGCUACUCUCUCGACGCCUCUAAACUUUCUUCAACAACUCAUAGGCGCUGCCAGUCCAGAUAUACAGAGACAGCAUCAGCACGGCAAGCUUAUUAGUUUGAAUGCAUUGCUUAUUAAACUAUCAACUAGGUAUCAGAGUUUACAAAAGCAAAGACAAGCAAAGCAGCGGAAAUACAUACCUGAAUAUGAACAAAUUGAUAAUAUACCACCACCCCCACCAUCAACUUCCGCCCAGCAACUCUCACAAGAGCAGAUACAAAUGCUUGAGAGAGAAAAUGACGAGUUGGUUGAGUCUAACAAGAGAGACCUUAUCGAAAUCGAGAAAGCUCAACAUAGCUUGUUAUCUAUAACUAGUUUACAGUCAGAAAUACUCACGCAUCUCACACAACAGUCGAAACUUGUUGAACAACUAUAUGAUGACUCUUUGAAUAGCACUGGUAGUUUAGGCGAUGCCUCCAAACAACUCCUACAGACACGCGAUCGACAGGAGUCUUCGAGGAAGUUCCUCGUCGUUUUCUUUAUUAUGGCCGGCUUAUCUAUUCUUUUCCUAGAAUACUACAGCUGA